GUUUUAUGAGUUCAGUCGCCUCGACUCGCGCGCUCUCUACGGAUAAAGUUUGGUCGCGUGGUGUAGAGUCGCACUGUGCAGUACAGAUACGUAUUCUGAGUAUUCCGGCCGCGAGCGGCAUCCGUGCAGGGGGUCCGCGCCACUCGUCGUCUCACACACAAGUUACGAAAACCGCGAUGUGCCAAUUAAUCUCAAGAACACAGUGAUUUGUGCCUUUUCUCGACCUAUUUUUCUACCGACAGCCUAACCACAUUGCUCACGAUGGCAGUAUUUUUUUGGCGCGAAUGUGUUUUAUUUGUGUGCAUUUUACUCAGUGCGGCCAGUUUUAAUCUGGAGCCCAGGAUUCCUGUGAUAAAGUUUGGGAGAUCCGGCUCGUACUUUGGAUUUUCUGUAGCGGAACACCAGACCAUCACGGAUUCAUCUUCGACUAGUUGGUUGCUAAUAGGCGCUCCGCUGGACCAGAACCGGCAGCCGAACACCACGCGCUCGGGCGCGCUGUGGAAGUGCCCGCUGACGCCCGCCGUCCGGGACUGUCUGCAGGUCGUCACUGAUGGCAAGCUGACGGAAUUCGGCAAAUUAGACACGAGGAUCGACUCGGAGCACCUGUCGGCGCCGCACCCCUACGAGAUCAAGACGGGCCAGUGGCUGGGCGUGUCCGUGCGGAGUCAGGGGCCGGGGAGGAAGGCCGUCGUCUGUGCACAUAGGUACAUCCGCAAGUCGGGCGAGUCUCAGUACGGGCAGGGGCUGUGCUACACGCUGAGCAACGAGCUCGAGCUGGCCGAGGUGUGGGAGCCCUGCAGAGGCAGGCCUGUGCAACGAGAGCAUGAAGAGUACGGCUUCUGCCAGGCGGGCACGAGCAGCGCUCUACUGCCCGACGACACGCUGCUGCUGGGCAGCCCCGGCCCCUACACGUGGCGCGGCACCGUGUUCCGACAAGACGCCAAGGAGGACCUGCUGGAGCGGGACUCCGUAGUCUACAUGGCGCCUGUGGAAGACGGGUUUAGCCCCGUUGAGAAGUAUAGUUAUUUGGGGAUGUCAGUAGCCGGCGCCAGUUUCUUCAAAGAAGAGUUUUCGUACGCGGCCGGGGCUCCCCGUUCCCGCGGCACGGGGCAGGUCAUCAUCUUCAACAAGCGCCCCAACUCCGACUGGACCAACCCCUACGCCAACAUCCUGCUCAACGUCAGCCUCAUCAUCAGUGGGGAGCAGUUCGGCUCUAGUUUUGGUUAUGAGAUCGCCGCUGCUGAUGUUAAUGGAGAUGGAAUACCUGACCUUCUCGUUGGCGCUCCAUUCUACUUCUCCCGAGACGCUGGAGGAGCCGUCUACUUGUACAUCAACGAAGAUCACCAUCUCAGCCAAACCUACAGUCUGAAGCUGACAGGAAAACCAGAGUCACAGUUCGGAAUCUCAAUAGCGAAUGCUGGGGACCUAAACAAAGACGGCUGCGAAGACGUUGCUAUUGGAAGCCCAUACGAGGGCAAUGGGGUAGUUUACAUUCAUCUGGGUAACAGAAAAACUGGCUUAAGUCCCAAAGCUGAUCAAGUGAUUGCAGCUGAAUCUUUGCCCAGAGUUUUGAAGACUUUCGGAUACUCUUUAUCCGGUGGAGUUGACCUUGACGCUAACGGUUAUCCAGAUUUAUUGGUUGGGGCUUAUGAAAAUAGCAGCGUGGCCUUAGUCCGAACAAGACCGAUUAUCGAUAUUAAAACCUCAGUUCGACCAUCGAGCACGAUCAUAAACGUCGACCCAUCGAAGCAAGGCUGUGAAGCGGACCCUUCAGCCAACUACACCUGCUUCCACUUCCAAGCUUGUUGCAUCAUCAAAUCUCUAGUCAAAUCCACUCAAACGAACACUCACCAAAUAAACUACAUCAUAGAAGCUGAGACCUUUCCCGGAGGACGGAAGUUUUCAAGAGUUUUCUUCGGGUUUAAUCCCACCGCGAACAAUUCUAACAUUAUUGACAACACGAUAAUUCUGAAGAAAGACUACGAAGACUGCCGAGAGCACAUUGUGUAUUUAAAGAAUAAUACGAGAGAUAUUCAGACUCCUAUCAAGUUCAAAGUGACUUACAAACUAGUUCACGCGGAGCCGCGCUACAGCACCGUGGGGUCGCUACCCAACAUCGAUGAGUACCCCGUGCUGAACGCCACCGCCACGACCAGCUUCACCGCCAACUUCCUCAACGACUGCGGCGCCGACGCCGUCUGCGUGAGCGACCUCGUGGUGGACCCACAACUCAUGCUGCCUAAGACCGAAGAUGGUUUAGACUAUGCUCUCACACUGGGCCAAGAAGAAGAAGUGAAGCUAGCAGUGAAGGUUGACAACUACGGAGAAUCGGCAUACGAAGGGCAACUGAUUGUGAUGCAUCACGAAAGCCUGCAUUACAUUGCAGCUAACACUAGCGAUAAACACGUGAUCUGCACGAGCUUUAACAAGACGAUAGUGACGUGUAUGCUAGAGAACCCUUUCAAGCGUCAGCUGGAGGGAGAUACGCCCAUCACGAUGAGGUUUGACGCCCGAGCCCUUGAUGACAAUGAACCAUUCGUCGUCUUCACCGUCUGGGCUAACUCCACGUCUAAGGAACUCACUCCCGGAAAGAAACCGGUCGAGGUUAAAGCUCUUGUCAUCAAGAAUGCUGAAUUGUCUAUUAGAGGUGUGGCGACCCCUGAACAAGUAUUCUAUGGUGGAGAGGUGAAAGGAGAAUCAGCGAUGACUUACUUUGACGAUAUCGGUACCAGAGUCAAGCACAUCUAUUAUGUGCACAACUCGGGUCCGUGGCGGGUGUCGUCGGUGCAGGUGGUGAUCUCGUGGCCGCACCAGGUGGCCGCCGACUCCAGGGAGGGGAAGUGGCUGCUGUACCCCGAGGAUGUGCCCACCGUCGAAGGAGAUCAAAACAAUGGAGAGUGUUUCGUGUCCGAGCGGGAGAUCAAUCCUCUCAAAAUCAGACCGGGUCCUACUGAAAAGAUUCUGGAGAAUUUGGAAAUCAACCCGUUCUUCAGUAUGGGGAAAUCCAGCAACCCAUUGAAAGAAGAGCACAAUGAUACUGAUCCGAAGUAUAACAGUGCUGGAGAAAACAAAGUGAGGAGAAGAAGAGACAUCGACCCCGUCAAAGCAGAGGCUUAUACGGACAAAGAUGGGCAAAGGAAACACAUAGUAAACAUGAGCUGUCAAAACAAAACGGCCAAGUGCAUCCAGUUCCAAUGCGUGAUCUACCGGCUGGGCCGUAUGCAGGGCGCCACCAUCACCGUGAAGUCCCGCCUGUGGAACUCCACGCUGGUAGAAGACUACCCCCGCGUCAGCCACGUGAACAUCGCCUCCUCCGCCUACAUACUCAUACCGGAGCAUUAUAAUAUCAGGCAGAAUAAGCAGCAGGACGAUUUUACUACGGUGGAAACCAUAGCGUAUCCAGACUUGAUGAUAAGCGAGCCGUCAGAGGUUCCACUGUGGGUGAUCAUAGUGUCAGUGAUAGUCGGACUGAUAGUUCUGGUGCUACUCAUCAUAGCGCUGUGGAAACUCGGCUUCUUCAAGAGAAGUCGACCAGACCCGACACUCUCUGGGAACUUAGAGAAGAACAACCACGAAGCGAGCCCGUUCAUAGUGAGAGACAGGAAUAGCCUGCGAUAGCCAAGGACUUACAGCUCCCUUGUGAGAACAGACUUGGACUGAAUAAAGUGAAACUUUAGUAACAGCUAGCCUGGUGCGCAAUGUUUUACACAGUGCUGUUUGUGCAUGCAUGUGCAGGAUUAUUUUCGAAAUGGGAAGAAUAAUAUCAUUGUUUUUCUUAGAUCGACGUGUAGUUUCUCAAGCCCUUAGUACACCUCCGCCUCCGCUACGAUAUAAUAUAUGACCACUGAACCAGUGAUGGAUUUUCUCAUCUUGUUGUAUAGUAUAGUCAUAGUUUUCGAGCAGAGUUGUGCUAAACGGGUGCUAUUGGUUUGAGAUGCAUCAAGAUAGAAAGCAUUGAAGAAUUCCUUACAGAAAAAUUUUGUUUUAUUCAAGUGCUGAUGUACCUAGAGGUUUAUCGUUAGUUAUUUUAAUAUCUUUUGUCUGUGAUGUCUUCAUAGAGGAAACCUUUGUGUAUGUGAUGUAUUAUUGUAUGAUUUGUACUAAAUGAAAAUUAUGUUGUAUGUUUUUAAAAUUGAAGUUUUUUGCAUGAUUGCAUUUAUCAUGGGUAUGAAUGUUGUAAAAAAGUUGGAAAGUUUUAGAUAUAAUGAUACUUAUAUAUUUCUGUAAAUACGAACUUGCCUUAAUUUAUGAAGGAUUAGCUUUUAAAUAAGAAACUACUUAAUUGUUUUCAAGAACUGUUUUGACUAGAUUUUUUACUAGUCAGAUAAUUUUAAUAAAUAAGCUGUGUUACAUAUAAAUGCUUGAAAACUAGGUGUUGAUGGUCAUGAAAUACUUUAGGUAUCAACUUAAUAUAAUAUACUGGCUUAUCCAGAAGUGCUAGAUAAAUUAUACAACGAAAAAUAUGAAAAAACAACCUUGUACUUAAAAAUCUUUGUAAAUAUAAUAUUGCAAUUGGACCAAAAAAGGAUAUUUUUUUCGUAACUUCCUAAAUAGGUACCUACUUUUGUCCUUAAUAUGUACUAAUCUAGUUAAUUUGGUUUUUCAACUUUAACAAAUUAUAAUAAAACUAUAGAUAAGUACAUAAUUAUUACUUAUUCUACUGUAAAUAGUGUAGAGAGCAUAAACUUAAUGAGUAUCAAGUAGAAAACUAAAUUAUUCACAAUUUAGAACUAUACAUAAAGUAUUUAUCAUAUACAUGUCCAAUGCAUUUUUACAAGAAAGUAGAUUUUAUACUACUAUCAAAAUUUAAUAUACUUAGCAACAAAAAACACUGCCAAUUCACAUUUUUUAUUAAUUAAUUCACUAUGUACCGCAUACUUCAUAGACGUCUGGCAUUAAAUUGCACACUUAAAUUCAGGUUGUGAUCAUAAUAUUUGAUGCUAAAGAUACCUACCGAAGCUUUUAUACAUUAUAAUUAAUAAAAAAUGGUGCCAUCUUA